AAUUUUUUAAACAAUUGUUUAAUACUUUGUCGUGGUGAAGUAGCAAAAAAGUUAGUUAUUCUCAUUGUAAAAAUAAAUUCUUUGAAAAAUAAAUAGAAUGACGUUAAAUUUUACGAACACAUCUUCAAACUUACCAACAGCACAGCAAGGAGCUGGGGACUCAUCGCAAAAUAAACCAUUAGGUUUAAGUAGUGCAGCUGCAACUACCACUUCAAUCACAGGAGGUUUUCAAAUAGCAGGAGUUGUUUCAACAACUGCAAAUUCGUCGGUGUCACAAGCUUCCACAUCAGCACCUCAAACUACUUUAUCGAGUGAGACGAAAACAACAGAUUCCUCAGUUUCAGCGACUCAGGCGUACAAGCUAACAUUUGGGCAGAUUGAAGAGCAUAUUAACAAAUGGACCUUAGAGUUAGAAGAACAAGAAAAAACUUUUACAAAUCAAGCAACACAAAUCAAUGCGUGGGACAAAUUACUGAUUUCUAAUAAUGACAAAAUAAUUGCUCUAAAUGAAACAGUACAAAAAGUUAAAAUCGACCAGCAAACUUUAGAACAGGAACUAGAAUUUAUUGCAACUCAGCAUGCGGAAUUAGAGGAAAGCAUUGCACCAUUACAAAAAAGUUUAAGCGCUGUACCACAGGUUGAUGUUGAAAGAUCUCAAAUAUAUCAAUUAGUUGAAAAUUUAGAUACUCAGCUUAAACAGAUGUCUGAAGAUCUGAAAGAAGUAAUAGAAUAUUUGAAUGAGGCAACUAAAAUGCAAGAUAGUUCAGACCCGAUUAACCAAAUUGGGAGAAUCUUAAAUGCACACAUGAAUUCACUUCAAUGGAUUGAAACUUCCAGUUCAGCAAUAUCAACAAAAUUAGAUGAUAUUUCCAAAAUGCAUGAACAAUUAAAACGGGACUCUGAGAGGUCAUUUAGAGCAACGUACAAGCAAUAAAUUUUCAUAAACAAUUUUUUAAUAUUGUUAUACAAUAAAAAAAUCUUUAAUUACAA